AUGAUGGGUCGUUCUCACUCUCGCUACAGCUCUUCAAGUUCAUCAAAUGAAAAGCAUAAAACAUAUCACACAAAACCCCACAGUCGUUCACAUCGUAAGAAAGUCAAAAGAAAAUCAGUCAAUCGAAAUGCAUCGAAUAGCCGUCAAAAAGAUAAAAUACUCAAUCUUACUCAAAAAGUGUGCAAUAUGGUUGAUGCUGAUAAGAAGCGUAAUCGUUCUGAAAAACAUAAGAAUAAAUUGAAAUCUUGUGGAUGUCCAUAUAAUUGUGAAGAUGAGAUCCUGACAUUACGUAACAGUAUUGAAAACCUUCGUUCUGGUUUAAGUCUUUGUCGCAAAGAAAGGCCAAUUUUUCAGCUCGAUCAUUUUGUUGACGAUCAUUAUCAGCUUCUUUCUGAAGCUUGGAUUUCUAUCGGUCCAUCUAAGCUCAAAGAUCUAGUGUCUGCUAAUUUACUGUCAAUAUGUGCUCGACGAGAACGUAGGGAUAUGAAACAUUCUUCCGGUAAAAACUCCAAGGUUUCAUGUGUUGUCCAACCCUAUGUAUCUUUUGACGGAAGUGACUACCAACUAGGGAUUUCGGAGUUGUGGCAUAGAUGUAUUCAGGAGCUGAAUGAUUUGUCAAUCGACCAAAUAAAAGCCAUUCUAAGUGGAACAAUGAAUGUUGAUCCGGUUGAAUUAGUUCGUCAUCCCAGUAACAAAAGUGAGAUUAUCAGCUCCGAAAAAGAUAACCGCUCUCAUUCUCCCAAACCAAAUCCAAUAUGUGAAAAGACUUCUGAAAUGCAAGUUCACGAUGCUGAUUCAACUACUGCCUUGUGUUCAGUACUUGAAAAUCAAUUUGAUGUUCAAAAAGCCAAUGAUGAUCAUGGGAUUAUUAGUGAUAAACUUCACAUAAAUUCGGAAUCAUUUACAAAAUCCUGGUCUUCUAGAAGUCCAAAAGAUUGUAGAAUUGAAGAAAAACAUUCAACUGGAGAAACUUGUUGUAUAUCAGAUUCAAAGGAUUUAGUAGAUUUAGUUCAUCAAGAAAUUACAGAACUUGAAAUGCGAGCACGAGCUAUUCGUGCAAUGCUUAAAACUAAAUCGAAUCAACUCAAAUUAUAG